AUGGCGCCCCGUCGACGAUGCCCCGUCUGCGGGUCCAGACAAUGGCACAAGGAGCCCGCGAGCGGCCUGGUGAUCUGCAGCGAGGGGCACGUCCUCCAGAACUACAGGAGCGAGGUCACGGAGGGCAGGGAGUUCGGCCCCCACACGAUGCACAAGCGGACGCUCAAGUCCGGGCGCAAGAAGCGCGAGCAGACGAGCAAAGCCGAUCCUAAAUUGUACCAUGGCGCCCGCGCGAAGUACCACUACUUUCAGUGCCUGCAGCUGCUCUUGCGCAAGCAGGUCGCCGUGCUCAUGCGGCUGUGGGAUCUCCCGCCCGAGUUCGAGGUCGUGUGCAGAGACGUUUGGACGCUGCAUCUGAGCUUCCUUCCCGCACCGCCCCCGCCCGAGCCCUGGCUUCACGAGCAAGACAUCGUAGGGAAGCACUCUCACAGUCAACCCGUGACUGACCAAAAGCCAUCCGAAGAGAUAGGCGAAAAAAACAAAAGUGAGGGCGACUCGCCGUCCGACGGCGACUCCGACAGCUCCUCGUCUUCCGGCGAAAAUGAGGAGGAAACCAUGCAAGGGCCGCUCGACGGCGAACUAGCCGAACUCCUGCGUGCAAUGUCCGAGUCAAGCGGCUCCUCUGACGACGAGAAUGCGGACGGCACGAAACCGCGCCCAGAGCCGGACAGCCGAUCGCGGAAGAGCAAGUUUCAAGGAGCCAGCAGCAACGCUGACGGGCCCGCCAGUACCAUAGCCGUGCUGGUCAUCGCGUGUUGGACAUUACGGCUCCCGAUCAUGUACAUGGAUCUCAUCAGGCUGGUCGAAAUGUACGAUUUGCCUUACUUGGACACCCUCGGCCAUCUUCCUCCUGAGAUGACGCGCCAUCUCACGAAACACACGAUGCAACGGCUUUCCCCCCCGCACGCCCCCACGCCCCUGCUCUUACAGGCCCUCUCAGCUCGCCUGGCGAAGCGGAUGCGCGCUUCGUACAGAAUCCAGACGCCUGAGCUGAACGCCGCGCCCCUGCUCUGGCGCGUCGUGCGCGCGCUGGGCGGCACCCCCGUGCUGUACGGCCUCACCAAGGCGAUCGCCCAUGUGGCGAACCUGCCGCUCACGUUACAUCAUUCGCUCGCGCCGAGCCUUCUCCGGAUGCAGCAACACGACCCAGAGAGCCACAAAUACGACACCGUCCCGCCCGAAGUCGCGUUUGCGGCUUCUGUGAUCAUCGUGCUGAAGAUGGUGUACGGGCUGGACGGAAAGGCGAGGGUCGCGAGAGAUCCAGGGGAUCCUGCGUGCGCGCUGCCUCGAAUGGACGAAUACCUAGCGUUGAUCAAGCGACUGGACGACGAAGACGCGAAGAGCGAGGCCAGCGUUUUCGGGGCGCGCACGAAUAUGCGCACCGCGGAUCUCAGCGAAUCGAUGCUGGACGGGUAUCUGGAUUUCUGCGAGAAAGCGCUGAUCGGGCCACGGAAGCAGACGCAAGGCACGGUCAUCGAGAGCUACUUUGCGCUGGAGGGCCCAAUGCGAGGGAGGGAGUCGAGUGGGGAUAGCCGGGGCACGAGAGCAGAGCGCGCGUUGCAGGCGGCUGUGCCAGCAGAAGGCGGCGAGGGCGUGGGUGAGCCUGGGGAAGGGUAUGCUAUCUAUAGCUCUGGGGACGUGCUGGGAUCGGUGCCGGAGGAGUACGAGGCGGUGGUGGAGCGUGCUGCGAGGUGGACGGGGGUGAGCGGGGAGUACAUAUACGGGGUGACCGAGAGGUACGAGAGGCGGGUGGUGCGGUGGUGGGCCGGGAUGAGACGGGACGAAUGCAGACGCGUGGACGCGACGGCGAUGACUAAGGGGAGCUGA